AUGUUCUCGACUCGGUUCACUGUUCUCAUCGUUCUUCUCGCCAUCGUCGCCGUCACUUUGGUGCACUCGCGCAACAUCCAAUACGAAUUUGACGACGCUUCUGCGGAGGCGUUCCGAUACCCGCAAUGGGCCGAGAUGCCGCAUAAGCGUGUGCCAUCCGCCGGCGAUAUGAUGGUGCGCUUCGCAAAUCAUAUAUUCGAGUUGGUUGCCUUUUAUGGAAUGGCUAGGACCCUUCAAAGAAUCCCGACAAUCUAUAUCACUUCAAAACGGGGCGCACAACGUCUUGAAUAUGUUGAGCAAGUGAUGCCAGGUCUCAUAAUGAAAUUUAAAGUCGAGUUUGACACAAUUCCAAGACAAGCUGAAAAUCUGGAAUUUGGUGCAAAUUGCUGCCAGUACUACAACAUUGACGGGUACCUUGGAAGAUCAAUUCCCGUUCUGCGACUUACCGGCAAAUAUCAUCAAAGUUUCAAAUAUUUCGAGAAGUACAAGGAUGAGAUUUUGAAUUUCGUCGCGGGACCCAAACAAUUCAAAACACUUCCAAUGUCAAGCUCCUCCAAUUUCAUAUCCUGCAUCCACGUGCGUCGUGCCGAUUUUGUGUCACCCAAUCGACAUUCAACAGAUUUCACGCGCGCCGCGUGGAAAGCAUUCACGCGCGCCGCGUGGAAAGCCAUUCGACAGCAUUCGGCAGCUCGCGAAUACCUCACAGUUGCAACACAUUUUAUUCUCAUGGUUACCGUAGAAGCUUUAGAGUCGCAUGUCUCUAAUAGUGCCAAACCUGCUCCAUUGAACACCACAAUUUGGAUAUCUGGCAACUCGCCAACCGACGAUUUGAUCUACUCGCGCUACAAUUGCGACUCCCUGCUGAUCACAGCGCCUUCUUCAACAUUCGGAUGGUGGUUGGGCUAUAUUUCAAAAGGACAGACGGUUUAUUAUAUGGAUAUUCAGCAAACUAACGAUGAAGUUUAUAAAACCGGAGAAAUGAUUGUCGACGAUUUUUUCCCGUCAAGAUGGUUCAAAAUGCAGUACAAUAAUGGGGAAAUUGUGAUACGCAUUUAA